AUGCCCGUUGCCCAGGAGGUGUUUGUGAAAAUUCCGCGGUUACAGUUUUACAACACAAUGUUGGAUUGCUAUGUUAACAGCCUGGCUAUGGAAGCGGCACUAGGCUUGUUCACUCGAAUACAUUGCAAGGAUGCAGCUUCAUGGAACACGACGAUAUCCGGCUUGGCUGUUGUUGCUUGGAACGCUAUGAUGUAUGGGGAUGCUGACUGUGGGGAGUUGGAUAGAGCGGUGAAGGUGUUUGAAAAUGUAUUAGUGAAAAGCGUGGUUGCCUACAUAGUUGACACUGAUAACCGGGGCAAAUGA